GAUAUCCGUUCGGAAUGCUUUCUUGGAAUCACCUAGAACGUGUUUAUUGGGUGCAUUAUGGGGAGGACCUGCAACUUCUAAAUGCCAAACGUCAAGCCCAUCGGAGAACCUUGUCGCCUUUGCAUCCACUAGAACAAUGCCAGAAUUUGAUUCCGACUUCAUCAGUUUUUCCGGACGGGAAUGA